ACCACAAAAAGAAGAAGACGAAGAAGAAGACAAGUUGUGUGUUACGUCACUUCCUGUCGGCGAAAGCGUGCUGCGGGCUAACAAGGAAAAUGGCAGCGAAAAGCAGAGCAGAGGACUACCCCCAUGAGAUAAGCGAGCAGCUCACCGGCUUUGACUCCUCAGUUUCUUCUGUCAAAACCAUGAUAGAGAAGUUGAUGUCGAUGCCCAGGAAUGACCUGCUGGAAAAGCUGGACCCUUUGGACCAAGCCAAGCUGGAUCUGAUGUCUGCUUACACCCUUAAUUCAUUAUUCUGGAUGUACUUAGUUACACAAGGAGUAAAUCCCAGAGAACAUGGAAUCAAACAGGAAUUGGAGCGAAUAAGGACAUACAUGAACAAAGUGAAAGAGAUUACAGACAGAAAGAAAGCUGCCCGUUUGAAUAAGGGGGCUGCUGCUCGCUUUGUCAGGAAUGCUCUCUAUAAUCCAGACGAGAAAGAUUCUGGGAAAAAAGCAGCAUCCAAGAAAGCAGCAGACACACAAUCUGACGCCCCGGAGACAAAGCGUGCGAAGCAGAGCUGAAGUAAAGGAGCUUUACAGACUGGUCCCAUGGUAUUUUGUACCACUUUUGGGGGCAGUGAACACUUUUGCUCUCAAGGCAACGAAGCUACGACUAAGGUUGUGCUACGGGCAUCGUACAAGACAUUCAACAAAAUAUACAUCAAUGUUUAUCUUGGUUUCAAUCAGUUAAAUAGCCUGUCAGAUUGUAGCAGUCAGCACUGGGAAAAGACUACUUUCUAUCUACGAUGCAUUAUUUCAGCUUUUGCUGAAUCUAUUUUUGCUCCAGAAUUUAAGGCUGUAAUAUUUUUGUAAUGUUACUUCAUCAAGUUGCUGUGUAAAUCUUCUUCAGGGUUCCAUAACCAUGAAAAAAAUACAGCUUCAUUUAGAAAAGUGAGUAAAAAAUGAUCGGGUCCAUCUGGGUAUUGAAAUAUGUUAUUUGAGAUUGUUUACGUUCUCUUUUAGAUGAAUGAGAAAUGUUAAUUUCUCUUUAAUGAAAGUGAUUCUAUGAAUCAAAAGUUGUUUUUUAAGAUGUUUUUACACAUGUGCAAUGUGUCAAACAUGUACUGAUAAAACCUUUUUGGUGAUGUAUUGCUUUAGAUUGACUUCUGUAUAAAAAUACUCUCCAAACAUGA